AUGGUAUCAGAGUUACUCUUGUGUCAGCCUUGUCGAUGGUGGGUCAGAGUUCAACAGAGUUUAGGCAAAUCCCGGUUACGCGGGGCAAACCUCAGUGCUGAGUCUAGGCAAAUCCCAUGCGGUGGGGCAAACCUCAGCGAGGACGCUGAGUCCAUAAGAGGGGGUUUGAGCUCUUCACAUCAUUUCUCCUUUUCUUUUAACAGUGAAGUCCGUGUUGAAGGGCUAGAGACACUUGAUUAUCUUGAGAAUAAGGAGAGAUUCACAGAGCAAGGCGAUGCAAUUACCUUUGAGUCUGAAGUGGAUAAAAUAUAUCUCAGUACUCCCACAAAAAUUGCGAUCCUGGAUCAUGAAAAGAAACGAACAUUUGUGCUCCGUAAGGAUGGGUUACCGGAUGCAGUUGUGUGGAACCCUUGGGACAAGAAGGCAAAGGCCAUGGCUGAUUUUGGAGAUGAAGAGUACAAGCACAUGCUGUGUGUUGAGGCUGCUGCAGUUGAAAAACCUAUCACUUUGAAACCUGGUGAAGAGUGGAGAGGAAGACAGGAACUUUCUGCUGUUCCAUCAAGUUAUUGCAGUGGCCAGCUUGACCCAAAGAGAGUUCUCCUUGGCAGCUGAGAAAGUUUAUUGCUGGUUUAUAUUGUGUACAGGUGCUUUGUUGCAAUUUAUGGUUGGAUUGCAACGGCGACCUCUGUUCAAGACCCUUUACUCUCUCCUUUUUACAUUUUCCUAUACCUUGGGUUGGAAGGUGAACUUCUCGAGUAGCCAAGUUGUUGAAUAAUACUUUGUUUACUGGUCAAAUAUUUUGGUGCCAAUUCAGUUUAAGGACGGCGCAUGGUCUAAGACAGUCAACAGGAUUAUAACUGUUCUCAUAAACAAGUAUGCUGUGAUUCUUCUGCCACACUAGUAUACCGUGGGUCAAAAUGCCUUUUUUUUGGGCACUUUAAGGCUCCUUAGAAGUUCUGAAAAAUCCAUAAAAAUGUAUAUAUAGAACAUACGACUGGAUUUUAUGUUUCUCUUAUAUUUCUUGACUACUUUACUUGAGCUUGAUUGUACUUUACCAAUGGCUUGGGACCAAGUACUGUGACAGCAGGAUCAGUAAUAAUCUUUGGGUGUUUACUACUUAGUGGCGAGAGCUUGCA